CGAAGCGGUGGCGGUGGGUGGAUCCCGGAGCGGUGGGAGUUGGGCAGCGUCUCCUUUCCCCAGUCCCGGCUCGGCCUCCCCGCUCCGCCAUGUCCGCGCCCGGCAGCGGCGGCGAGUUCGGGAACCCGCUGCGCAAGUUCAAGCUGGUGUUCCUGGGCGAGCAGAGCGUUGGGAAGACAUCUCUGAUCACCAGGUUUAUGUAUGACAGUUUUGACAAUACUUAUCAGGCAACCAUUGGAAUUGAUUUCCUGUCAAAGACAAUGUAUCUAGAAGACCGCACGAUCAGGCUGCAGCUGUGGGACACAGCCGGCCAGGAGAGGUUCCGCAGCCUCAUUCCCAGCUACAUCCGUGACUCUGCUGCAGCUGUCGUUGUCUUUGACAUUACAAAUCUAAACUCAUUCCAGCAAACCUCCAAGUGGAUUGAUGAUGUGCGAACAGAGAGAGGAAGUGAUGUCAUCAUCAUGUUGGUGGGGAAUAAAACUGACCUGGCAGACAAGAGACAGGUUUCUAUAGAGGAGGGCGAGAGAAAGGCCCAAGAACUGAAUGUGAUGUAUAUUGAAACCAGUGCUAAAGCAGGAUAUAAUAUGAAACAGCUUUUCCGCCGUGUAGCUGCUGCCUUACCUGGGAUGGACAGCACACCUGAGAAGAGCAAAGAAGACAUGAUUGACAUCAAGCUAGAGAAACCUCCUGAGCAGCCAGUAACGGAGAGCGGCUGUUCCUGCUAAAGUGCCCGUUGUAUAGCAACACUUUCCCUGAUUGGCCAGUCUCACCGAAGAGCAUCACUUCUCAUUGGCUAGGCAAACCUACUUUCUGUGAACUGAAGAAACAGCUAAUCAAUCUACUAAGUCAGCGAGCUCCCUGUUAGCUGGUGGGGAACAGCCCUGGCUGCCCCUCCUAUUGCAUGGUAUGAGCCCUGAGUGCAGAAUGAAUGUCAUGUCGUCCUCUUUUAGUAGUGCACUUUGGCACCCCGGUGCCCUUUACUCCAUCCCACAUCUUGGGCCUAUCUGCACAGGUGUAUUUUUCUGUGAAUGCAACAAAAAAGCUGCCACGUUAGGGAAAACAAAAAUAAAGCUGGGGGUUGGUUCUCCACCUCCCUAAUUGCCUUGCAUCUUAAUCAGUUUUCCUUCCACUCCAGUAAUUUUUUCUCUCCCAUGCACCACUUCCUUUUUUUAUUUUUUCCCCCCUUCAGAGGCUUCUCCUUUAAAACUAGUCACAAGUUGAUGUGGCCUUGCCUGUUUUGAAAGUUGGGGGUGAUCUGUUCUCCAUGUCCUGCUUCCUGCAGAGGUUGCAUAGUACAGGCUUCCCAGUCCCUCCCUCCUGUGGUUGGUCUUAGCCAAUUCCUGGGCCUUCUCUUUUGAGGUUUGGGAGAAGGAACUUCCCUGCCCUCCUCACUUCCCGCAUCAGUGUGAGUGAGAGCUGAGCACUGGCCAUUCUACUCCCAAUCUGCUCUAGCACAGGCCACUGAUCUUGUUUGCUCCCUUUGUCCUGUGGUGGGUAGAAUUCCCCAGGAUCACUGGCUUCAGUUGGAUUCUUUACCCUGGGGAAUGCUGUCAGCUGCAGAGGGGGAGGUUAGACAGACUUGCUGCAGCAGUCUCUGUGGGAGAGCCUGCCUGACUUCAUCUGUGGAUGACCUGGGCUCUAUCUGCAGGCUGCAGAUGGAAUCUAGAGUUUAUCCCUAGGAUGGCAGUAUUAGGACUGGGCAUCCCAGGUCCCAUUCUGGUUAUCUUCACCUGCAGACUUACUCCUUUUUCUUGUGGAACAUGCACAACCUACUGUCUGCUAGCCAGAUAUAGGAUACAAGCUACACAGUUACUAGUUAUGCAGAAAUGGGGCUUGCACUGCAGAAGUGACUCAAUCCAGUGCCAGCAGCUCCAACCAAUGUGGUGGAAGGGCAGCUGAGCAUCUUGUAUUCCACUAGAUUGAAUCUGGGUAACAGCAGUUUUAUUCUUUUAACUGUCUAGUGCAGGGGUCGGCAACCUUUCAGAAGUGGUGUGCCGAGUCUUCAUUUAUUCACUCUAAUUUAAGGUUUU